UGUGCGUGUGUGGUGGCGGGCUCCCCCUUUCCCCUUCCUUUUUUUUUUUUCCGUCGAGUGAUGCACUUGGAAUGAGAAUCGGAGAAUGGAAAUAGUCUGGGAGGUGCUUUUUCUCCUUCAAGCCAAUUUCAUCGUCUGCAUAUCAGCUCAACAGAAUUCACCAAAAAUCCAUGAAGGCUGGUGGGCAUAUAAGGAGGUGGUCCAGGGGAGUUUUGUUCCAGUUCCUUCCUUCUGGGGAUUGGUCAACUCUGCUUGGAAUCUUUGCUCUGUUGGAAAACGACAGUCACCAGUCAACAUAGAAACCAGUCAUAUGAUCUUUGACCCUUUCCUAACACCGCUACGCAUCAACACUGGUGGCAGAAAGGUCAGUGGGACCAUGUACAACACAGGGAGGCAUGUGUCCCUCCGACUCGACAAGGAACAUUUGGUCAAUAUAUCUGGAGGACCCAUGACAUACAGUCAUCGCCUGGAAGAGAUCCGGUUACAUUUUGGAAGUGAGGACAGCCAGGGGUCAGAACAUCUACUCAAUGGACAGGCUUUCUCUGGGGAGGUUCAGCUAAUCCACUAUAACCAUGAGUUAUAUACAAAUGCCACAGAGGCUGCAAAAAGUCCAAAUGGAUUGGUGGUAGUUUCUAUAUUUAUGAAAGUUUCUGAUUCAUCAAAUCCAUUUCUUAAUCGAAUGCUAAACAGAGACACCAUCACAAGAAUAACGUAUAAAAAUGAUGCAUACUUGCUACAAGGACUUAAUAUAGAGGAGCUAUAUCCUGAGACCUCUAGCUUCAUUACCUAUGAUGGCUCGAUGACUAUCCCGCCCUGUUAUGAGACAGCAAGUUGGAUAAUAAUGAACAAACCAGUCUACAUAACCAGGAUGCAGAUGCAUUCCUUACGACUGCUCAGCCAGAAUCAGCCCUCUCAGAUCUUUCUGAGCAUGAGUGACAACUUCCGGCCUGUUCAGCCGCUCAACAACCGCUGCAUCCGCACCAACAUCAACUUUAGUUUACAGGGGAAGGAUUGUCCAAAUAACAGAGCCCAGAAGCUACAAUAUAGAGUAAAUGAAUGGCUGCUCAAAUGAAGAAACCAGACCCAGAUGAAUUCCACCUCAGUGAAAUGCUACAGCUGUGAAUUGAUGUAACCUAGAAUGCCCCCCUUUCCUUUCCUUUCCCUUCUCCUUCCCUGCCCCAAGCUUCAUUUAUUCUCUGGACUGGUCCUUCCUACAUGACAGUGGCUACAAGCCUGUGGCACAGGAAAGACUCAGACACACAUAGACACACACCUGCAUACAUAAAUCAAACAUACACAAAAGCUGCCAUGAUGGGAAGUCAAGUUGUUUUUUUAAAAAAAAAAAGGUAAUUCAUAAGAGAUCUGUCUUAGAAGAUAAUAACUUCAGUAAAUGUGAUUACAAUUUUGAUACCUUUUUCCUGAACUAACAAAACUACACGGUGAGACUUUUCAGCCUUUGUACAUAUGAAAUCUUCCCAAAAAAAAGAGAGAGAGAGAAGAAAUAUAUGGCUUCUCCAGCAUCAGAUGGACUUUGCUCUAUGUAUCAAGUAAGCCCCGGAAAGCUCCCCUAGCACCCUCUCCCUAAGGGUGGCUGGCAAGUCAGGACAAAGAAGGUGGUUGAUGAAACUAAUUUCUAGGUUAUGAUCCUUCUGUUUAUUUACUUAAAAAAAAAUUUUAACAGACAAACGUUGAGCGAUACGCAUUGUAAAUAUAACACUGCAGACUAUAAAGAAAUUGAAUUCUUUCCCUCUUUGUCACAUAUCUGUAGUAGGA